AUGCAUAGCUAUGAAACAGUGCACGGAGGGACCCUGGGUGGAUCGAUGUUAAUGGGAAGAGUGCUCACUCAUCACCAUCCAAUUCCACUCCAGACACACCAACAUCAAACAUUUCAAAAUGGAAGAAAUGUACCACUCAUUCCCCCAUUCAUUCUGUCUCAAUCCCAUCCACCGCUAUCGAUUGUUUCCCCGCCUGAUAUGAGUCGACCACCACCGGCACCGUGGCACGGGCAGAGUCAGGCACCGCCAUCCGGUCAAAUCCUGAUGUUCCAGCAGCCAUCAUCGAUGUCGUCAAUGAUUCCCGGCACUCACCUCUCCCACCCUCCUCCCCAUCAACAACAAUUCUUCACUUCUCCCCCACCUCCACCACCCGUUUUACCCAUCCAAGCAGCUCUUCAUCCACCCCAAUUGUCUCAUCACUGCUUAUCACCACAAGCCGCUUUCCAAUCCCCCCCGCAAUCCAAGGGAUACUUUGUGCAGAGUGCUUCUGGAGGACAAACGAUGCAACCCGACUCGAUGAUGUUCGUCCAAACGCCACAAAGACAAAAUGUGCUGAUUGGACCCGAUGGACAACCGCUAACGCCAUCUUCAAAUCUUGAUUCGUGGAACAAUGCCGUGAUGGAUAUGGAUCGAUCGAAUGCGAUUCGAGCGAAAAUCGGAUUGGUUAUCAAUAAUCGAUUCCAAGUCAUUCAAAAGAUCAACUUCGGCUCGUACGGGACGAUCUACUCGGCGAAAGAUUUGAAAAACGAGAAUAAAUUGGUGGCCGUGAAAUUUGAGACUUCCAAUGAGGAUGCUCAUUUGAAGUACGAGUUCGAUGUGUACAAAGUUCUCUCUGGUGGACCGAGGAAGAAACGAAGAAAACCGAAUGGGAUACAUGGAGUGCCGAAAGGUAUCGAGACGGGUGAAAACCUUGUGCAUAUUCCCGCAUCGAAAGGGAAAAAACCUCGUCGGAACAGGCAAGUAAGCGUCGCUCAAUUCUCAUCUCAGAAUCGAGUUGAGUCAACAAGAGAUGAUAUUGAAGUUUCGCGUAUAUUGUUGAUGAGCUUUUGUUGUGGAGAACUGCCGUGGAAGGAAUCGAAGAACAAAGGUCGAUAUCAAACAGGAAGCAGCAAAGCUAUAAUCGAAUUCGGAACACUUAAAGAGAGCGUCGACUGGAAAAGCGCUUGUCCACCUUUGGCUGAGAGCUCUUCACAUACGCUUGAAAUCGAUGGAACUUUUACGGAAGAUGAAUGGGGUGGAUCGGUGGAAUCAUCUCCGGAAAAGAAUGUUGAUAUUACAUUGUUGACUGAGCAAGCAGGAGCGAUUCGAUUGACAAAUUGGAUAAAGGACGAGCAUUGGGAGUACAAUUGGAUCGUUCGUCGCGAGGUUCGA